UUAAUAAUGUUGGUUUUUACACUUCUAUUUUGAAUAUAUGGAGUACUCCGCAUUACGCCAUGCAAAGUUUCAUGAAUGGUAACCGUAGAAACGUGUCCCAUAGUUUGCAAGGGAAUUCUGAUGUAAAACCUUUAGAGAAAGAAGACAUAGUGCGACUGAUGAGAUUAAUCCUGGAAUCUUUAGAAGUGUCUAUACAUCUUUGCAAUACUUUCUUAAACAGCUUUGGUCCAAGUCGGCUCAUGGACAUAUUGGACCAACUGUUGCCAACAGCAUAUGUGGUCAAUACAGCAUACUGGCCGCUUUAUCAAACUGAGACAGGAGAUAGCAUUUGUAUAUGUAAUAUAUUCAACAUCAAUUGUCCCCACAUGCCAGGAGGUUUAUCAUGGAUCGAUUUAGAUCGCCCAAUAAACGAGUCGGUUAACUUUAAAGAAGGGAAUGGAAAUAUAACUCUCACGGUAACAAUUGACUUGCAUAUGAUUAUUUCAAAAGAAGUUUCAAAAAUCCUGUACAUUAAUUCUGCAGGAUGUGCGGAUUAUAAAUAUUCAAAAAUGUAUGAAAUCUACUUGAAGUUUAAAACAAAAAAUUGUUGGAUAGAUGCCAUAGAUGACUUUGAGGAUAAUGUAAUCAAGUGCCAGUUAAGAUUCGAGUUAGUAAAACCAAAACUAGAUUUCAAUACCUUUUGCUUAUGGCUCACCCCACAUCCACUCUUUAAUCCACUAUAUGGUAAACAUUUUUCCUGCUUGCUGGAUAAUGUGUUAUUUAAUGUCUAUCCAAAUAGCUUAAUAGUUACUUGGGAUAAAUGUCCCAAGUACACACUAAGAAUUACGGAAAAAUAUGUGGUUAAAGACUGGGAAACACUUAGAAUGGAAGAUGUUGGACUAGAUGGAUGCCAGAGACCCUAACAAAACAAAAAGUAAUAGAAUAUGAUCGAUCAGUACUGUUUCUAUGUAGUGGGAUAUUUUUGUUAUGAAGCAGUAUUGUGAUGUCGUACAGGAUUUUCCAAGGAAAAAAGAGUGCAGUAUUUUAUAUUUUGCCUACAUUACUUUAUUUUAUAUAUUGGUCUGAGAAUUGUUUACCUUCAUUUGUUGCUAGCCCUUUGUUCAGUGAAAGAUACUGCGCUUUUUUAUUUUAUUACAAUUAUUAUGAUAAUAGUUGCAAUAAUAAUAUUUCAUUUUGCAUUCAAUAAAAUAUACA